UUUACCUUAACAUCGAAGUUGUGUAGUGUAAUGCCGCUUCCGAUUCCGGACUCUUUGUCUGGAUAAUUAUUAACGAACCGAAUUUAAGCAGAUCGUCUGUACAUGUAAUUAUAGCAAAUCACGUAUUUGUGGAGCUAUAUGAAACGACGAGGUAGAUGAUGAAAAUAAGUUUUGAAAACUUUCAUCAGUGAACAAUGAAAUAAGAAAUACUCCAAGUUUAUUGCUGCAAAUGGGUAGUACUUCUAAGGAAAUAAAGUUGGUGUACCGUGAAUUUCAGAUAAUAAGAUCUUAUGAUUGCAGUCUGCUUUUUGUUAGACAGUUUAUUCAUGUAAUCCAAUAUCUACGUAGAUUCGUAUACUUAGCCGUAAAGUAAACCCAUUGUGUUUAAUUUGAACGCACUAACUGGUUUUAAAGAUGAAGUUCACCUACUCACCAAUUGUUGCACAAAUAUGAAGGAUAAUUUAAUGUUAUCUAGUAACACCAUUGAUGGGUGCUGAUCUUGGAGCUAUUAUUGAAACUCAAUCGUUAUCAGAUGAACAAAUACGUUUUCUUGUGUAUCAAAUUUUAAGGGGUUUAAAAUAUAUGCACAGUAUUGGCUUAAUUCACCGAGAUUUGAAACCAGCUAAUAUAGCAGUAAAUGAAGAUUGUGAAUUGAAAAUUCUCGACUUUGGCUUAGCACGACAAAAACAGGAAGAAAUGACUGGUUAUGUUGCAACUCGUUGGUAUCGAGCACCUGAAGUUAUGUUGAAUUGGAUGCAUUACAAUGAAUCUGUUGACGUUUGGUCCGUUGCAUGUAUUAUGGCUGAAUUGCGAAAUCGUGCACCUUUAUUUAAAGGUGGUAAUCAUAUUCAUCAAAUUCAGUUGAUUCUCAAUUUAUUAGGAAAACCUGAUGAAGAAUUUAUGAAAAAAAUUAACAGUCCUGAAGCAUGUGGAUUUAUCCGUGAUAUUAGUAAAUGUGAACCACAAAAUCUGUACACAUAUUUUUCUUCUUUUUCAAGUGACGCUGUUGAUUUAUUACAAAAGAUGCUUCACCUUGAUCCAGAUCGACGUUUAACAGCUGCUCAAGCACUAGCUCAUCGUUAUUUCGCAACGUAUCAUGAUGAAUCAGAUGAACCAAUUGCAGAGAGAUUUGAUGAUCCAUUUCAAGACGAUAGUAAUGUAUCUUUAGAUCAGUUAAAAGAAGCUGUAUGGAAUACACUAGAGAAUUUCGUACCGAAUCUAAAUUCUCUACAUUUAUGCGCUUCUGAAGAGACAAAUGCAGCUUGAAUGUAUAUUUAUGUAUUUUAUUUCUAUAUACACGGAGAAAUAUUGUUUCUUUAGCCUCAUUUAUGCAUCUAUAUAUGUAUACAACUGAUAAUAUUUGGAAUUAUCAAAACUGAUAUGUUACAGUUAAACCCAAUUGCCAUUUACUUUCUGAUCCGGUUGAUAUGUUUGCUUAUUCCGCAUAUUACUAAAAACCCUUAACAUGCUUUAUUUUCCCUUUUACUAAAAACUAAUAUUGAGUAUUCUUUGUAUAAACAUUUUAUUUACAUAAAUAUUUUUCCAUACAAACGUUCCUAUAUACAAAAACUUUUCUCGCUUUUAUCCUGUGGCUCAUUUUUUAUACACAAAGAUCUCACAUUCUGUGACUAGUAUUGAAAACUAAAUAAAGUCUACAUUAGUAAUGGUAUAAAUUGUUUGAUAAAAAAUCUACAUACAGCUCAAUAGUUAAUCUUCACAAAUCGUUUAAUUUAAGACUGGAUAUGUAUAUGCAAGUGGAAAAAAUUUUUUUAAUUUACAUAGAAAAUGCUUUUAAAACCUUUUUUGUACUUCUAUCAUCUUUAUUAAAAAAGUUUUCGAACACAAAUGAAGAGCGAGGUUUAUCUGUGUUCUUAUUUCCUUUUGAUAUUUUUGUGAUUGGUUCUAUUCUUGCUUUUCUGGGAUAAAUUAUUCAUCAGCUUUCUCACUGUAAAAUCAUUUAUUCAUUUGAUUCUCAGUAUAUAAAUAAGCUCAUUUAUGCUAUUAGCUAAUUUAGACUCAAGGAAUGUAAUAACCUGAUAGAAAUGUUCAUCGUCUUAAAUUGUUCGUCAUGAUGAAUACCAAAAUGGUAUUAAUUAUAAUAAACGUUUUGUUGUGACUUUAAGUUCGGCUAAAGAACAGUACUUCGUAUAAUAAUAAUCUAUAGAUCAAAAAGGAAGCUUAUAAUAAAAGGGAUAUAGAUAUACAUAUAUAUGAUAUUAGUCCAAUAAUAGUUCUAAGAAGUUAUCCAUAAUUUAAUCUUCAUUAGAAUAUAAGAAGAGAAUCGAUAUGUGGAAUUCCAAAAAUAAGGUGAUUUCUUACUUCGUGGUUUAAAUGUAGGUCAAGAAUGGGUGCAUCUGUGACAAUGUGACCGAUAUUUACACCCUGCCUGAUGUUCCCGACUGUUGAUUAUAAAGAUCUCGGGAAUCGCAACCAAAGUUGCUCAAACUGAUAUUUAAUUCGCUCAUGGAUUAAUGCCAUGUGUUUGUUCUUAUGCUCCUAAUUUUCUUACAGCCUACUUCGCCUCUCAACAGUCUUCAUCAAGAACCCCCAAAAGCCCUGGUAUGGCUAAGAGUGGGGUGCACCCGCACUCCCUCUCGAA